CGGUCUCAAGUGGUGCCUUCAGGGUCUCCCCCUUUGCCAGCGACCCUCGCUCUGGCCUUGGCUGCAGCUCGUGUUCUAGUCUUCCACAGCAUCUUCGGGCCCAGACUGGACAUGGCUUCUGCUACUAUGGCAGCUGCAAGGCGAGGCCUCUGCCUGUCUGUCUCACUUCUCCGGCGUGGUUACCAGACGGAGAGGGGCGUCUACGGUUACCGGCCUAGGAAGGCCGAGAGCAGCGAGCCCCGAGGCGAUCAUGCACGCCUCUCAGUUGAUCAUGGCCUUGCCAGGCUGGUGACAGUAUAUUGUGAGCAUGGCCACAAAGCUGCCCAGAUCAACCCUCUCUUCCCUGGACAAGCCCUGCUGGAUACUGUUCCUGAAAUCCAAGCCCUCGUACAGACACUGCAGGGACCCUUCACUACCACAGGCCUGUUGAACAUGGGCAAAGAAGAGGCUUCUCUUGAGGAAGUAUUAGCCUAUUUGAACCAUAUCUACUGCGGGCCAAUUUCUAUUGAAACCACCCAGCUUCAGAGCCAGGAGGAGAAAGACUGGUUCGCCAGAAGGUUUGAGGAGCUGAAAAAGGAGACAUUUACCACAGAAGAGCGAAAACAGCUGGCAAAACUAUUGCUAGAAUCUCAGGAGUUUGACCACUUUUUGGCCACCAAGUUUGCCACAGUGAAGAGAUAUGGAGGUGAAGGGGCUGAGAGCAUGAUGGGCUUUUUUCAUGAGUUACUGAAAUCGUCAGCCUAUGGCGGUAUAACUGAUAUCAUUAUUGGGAUGCCCCAUAGAGGAAGGCUGAACUUGUUGACAGGCCUCCUGCAGUUACCUCCAGAGCUGAUGUUCCGUAAAAUGCGAGGCUUAAGUGAAUUUCCAGAGAAUGUCUCAGCCACUGGAGAUGUCCUGUCUCAUCUGACCUCCUCAGUGGACCUAGACUUUGGUGCUCACCAUCCCCUCCAUGUGACAAUGUUACCUAAUCCCUCACAUUUGGAAGCUGUUAACCCUGUGGCUGUAGGGAAAACUCGUGGCAGGCAGCAGUCUCGGGAAGAUGGUGACUACUCACUACACAGUUCUGCUCAGCCUGGGGACAAAGUCAUUUGCCUCCAGGUUCAUGGUGAUGCUUCCUUCUGUGGUCAAGGGAUUGUUCUUGAAACAUUCACACUCUCUAAUCUCCCACAUUUCAGAAUUGGUGGGAGUAUCCAUCUAAUAGUCAAUAACCAGCUGGGUUACACCACUCCAGCAGAAAGAGGAAGGUCUUCCUUAUACAGCAGUGAUAUUGGAAAGCUAGUAGGCUGUGCCAUCAUCCACGUCAAUGGAGACAGUCCAGAGGAAGUGGUCCGGGCCACACGACUUGCUUUUGAAUAUCAGCGCCAGUUCCGAAAGGAUGUAAUUGUUGAUUUGUUAUGCUAUAGGCAGUGGGGUCAUAAUGAACUGGAUGAACCUUUCUUCACCAACCCAGUGAUGUACAAAAUCAUCAGAGCCCGAAAGAGCAUCCCUGACACAUAUGCAGAGCACCUCAUUGCCAGUGGACUCAUGACCCAGGAGGAGGUUUCUGACAUAAAAAGCUCCUACUACACCAAGUUAAACGACCACUUAACCAAUGUGGCCCACUACAGCCCUCCUGCCACUAACCUGCAGGCCCACUGGCAGGGCCUGGUACAGCCAGAAGCACACAUCACCACCUGGGACACAGGUGUGCCUCUAGAGCUCCUUCGCUUUAUUGGUGUGAAGUCUGUGGAGGUUCCAGAGGAACUACAGUUGCAUAACCAUCUUCUCAAGAUGUAUGUUCAGUCAAGAAUGGAGAAGGUGAAGAGUGGAACAGAUUUAGACUGGGCUACAGCAGAAACCCUUGCCUUGGGCUCCUUACUUGCUCAAGGUUUCAAUGUUCGUCUGAGUGGCCAAGAUGUUGGCCGUGGAACUUUUAGCCAAAGGCAUGCAAUGGUGGUUUGCCAGAACACAGACAAUGCCUACAUUCCUCUGAACCAUAUGGACCCUAAUCAGAAGGGGUUUCUGGAGGUUAGCAACAGCCCCCUGUCAGAAGAGGCUGUCCUGGGGUUUGAAUAUGGAAUGAGUAUUGAAAGCCCAAAGUUGCUGCCCCUCUGGGAAGCUCAGUUUGGUGAUUUCUUCAAUGGAGCCCAGAUCAUCUUUGACACAUUCAUCUCUGGAGGAGAGGCCAAGUGGCUUCUGCAGAGUGGCAUUGUCAUUCUCCUUCCACAUGGGUAUGAUGGGGCUGGACCUGACCACUCAUCUUGUCGAAUAGAGCGUUUCUUGCAGAUGUGUGAUAGUGCAGAAGAAGGGGUGGACAGUGACACUGUGAAUAUGUUUGUGGUACACCCAACUACUCCUGCUCAGUAUUUCCACUUGCUUAGGCGACAAAUGAUCCGGAACUUCAGAAAACCUCUCAUCAUUGCUUCUCCCAAAGUAUUACUCAGGUACCCUGCAGCUGUGUCAACUCUUCAGGAAAUGGCGCCAGGAACAGCAUUCAAACCUGUUAUUGGUGAUUCAUCAGUAGAUCCAAAAAAUGUUAAAACCCUCAUAUUCUGCUGUGGCAAACACUUUUAUGCCCUGCUGAAGCAAAGAGAAUCUUUGGGGACCAAGAAGCAUGACUUUGCCAUCAUUCGAAUAGAGGAACUCUGUCCUUUCCCACUGGAUUCAUUACAACAAGAGAUGAGCAAAUACAAGCACGUUAAAGAUAUCAUUUGGAGUCAGGAGGAGCCUCAGAACAUGGGUCCAUGGUUUUUUGUUUCUCCAAGGUUUGAAAAACAAUUGGCUUGCAAGCUCCGUCUUGUAAGCCGGCCCCCUUUGCCAGCACCUGCAGUGGGAAUUGGCACAGUGCACCAGCAGCAGCAUGAAGACAUCCUCACCAAGACCUUCGCUUCAUAA